AUGGAGAACGGUGUCGAAUACAAAAUUCGACAGAUUCGGUCGAACGGACGAGGGGCCAUGUAUUGGCCAUUCCGUCCGUCCUAUGCAACGACGUUCCACAAGGUGCAGGGUAUGACGCUUAGGAACGUGUUCAUCGACACGCACCACUCAAUGAUGGAUGGAAUGUUCUAUGUGGGAAGCAGCAGAGUGCGAUCGGCUGAGGGUCUACACAUUGUAGGACCAACCCCAACGUACAUCAGGUACAACCGCAAAGUGCUUGAAGAACAACGAAAGAUCGAAGCUGCCAGCAUCAUUCCACUUGUUUGA